UUUAUCAACAAAAGAACUUGUCGGUGGAUUUAUAGAUUUUUCAUUUUUGAUAGACUGGGAAGCCAAGUUAAGAGCAAACCAAAGCCUUCAACCUAAAUUCUUAAACUAAAAGCUAAGUCCUAAGUUUGAAGUCCCUUUUUCCUUUUUGUAAAUCCAAGCCAAGUCUCCUGCAAUAACCCAAGCCAAACCAAAGAGAGCUUAUCUCUGCGGAACUCUCCUGUAAUUUUCACCUUCUUAUUUAUACAGAGGUGAUUGCUCAUUGAUUAGAUAUAUCAAUCAGAAAACAAAUGAACGGUGGUGAUGCUUACGGUAUGAUGGAGGCCCAAUACAUUCGGAGACACCACAGGCACGACAUCAGAGACGACCAGUGCUCCUCUGCUCUUGUCAAACAUGUCAAAGCUCCUGUUAACCUCGUAUGGUCAUUGGUAAGGCGGUUUGAUCAGCCGCAGAAGUACAAGCCGUUCGUAAGCCGGUGCAUCAUGAAAGGGGACCUCGGAAUCGGUAGCGUCAGAGAAGUCAACGUUAAAUCUGGCCUUCCGGCCACCACCAGCACCGAACGAUUAGAGCUUCUCGAUGACGAAGAGCACAUUCUCGGCAUCAAAAUCGUCGGAGGCGACCACCGUCUCAGGAAUUAUUCGUCAAUCAUAACGGUCCAUCCAGAGGUUAUUGAAGGAAGGCCAGGAACAAUGGUGAUCGAAUCAUUCGCUGUGGACGUGCCAGAAGGGAACACCAAGGAUGAAACUUGUUACUUUGUGGAGGCUCUUAUCCGAUGUAAUCUCAAGUCAUUAGCCGAUGUUUCAGAGAGGAUGGCUGUGCUGGACCAAACACAACCUAUCAACGGGUACUAAUUGAUAAGGUGGAAUUUUGGUGACCACUUUGCUUGAAUGGACAGAGAGAGAUGCAACACUUUUUCUACCCCCUUCCUUUCUUAGCUUUUCCUUGUUUAAUGCCUCUGUAGUUAAAGUAUAAUCUGUGAGGUUUCAAAUUCUUAAUAUAAGCCUCCAAGUUUUUCUGUUUUGUAUAAUGCGGUUCGGAGGCUGAUUCCCUAUAAGUCUAAGAAGAUGGGGUUCAUUUCUCUAUUUUACUGUUAAUGUUUAUGGCAAUCUGGGUUUUGUCCAGUGGUGGUAAUGUACGUUAUUAUGGUCAUAUUUGUAAAUAUUUAUGUAAGAUAAGAAAAAAUGGAGGCUUUCGUAGAUACAGCCUGGUAGAUGGAUUUGGAGAACCCUUUUAAGCAA